AUGUCGUACAGCCACAACACCAAAAAUUUCUGGGGUUUCUUGCUCGGAGCAGCCGUCACCGCGGCCUGCAUCCUGCUGCUAGUGCCGCCUGCUCCGUGCCCCUGCGGUGUCCUGCCGGCAGAGCGAGAAUCCGUCGUCUUGGGUAACGGAACUCAAGCUGAUCCCAUUCCCAGCACGAAGAAGCUUCACAUGGCCGGCAUUUCAAAUUCAACCGGCCACGAGUUGCUGGAGCUGCUGAAAAGAGCCGCCAUGGAUGACAAGACCAUCAUCAUGACCUUCACGAACGAGGCGUGGACGGCUCCGGGCUCGCUCCUUGACCUCUUCCUGCAGAGCUUCCGCCUGGGCGUGAGGACGGCGCCGCUGCUCAAGCACCUGAUCGUCGUCGCCGUGGACGCCAAGGCGUACGAGCGGUGCCAGCACGUGCACCAGCUCUGCUAUUACUUCCGCGUCGACGGCGCCGACUUCGCGGCGGAGCAGACGUACAUGCAGAAGGACUACCUGGACAUGAUGUGGCGCAGGAACCGGUUCCAGGCCCGGAUCCUGGAGCUCGGCUACAGCUUCGUCUUCACGGAUGUGGACAUCAUCUGGCUGCGGAACCCACUGCUGCGCAUCCCGAUAGGCGCAGACAUGGCCAUGUCGUGCGACUUCUUCGGCGGCGACAACCCGUACGACCUGAACAAGUUUGCCAACGGCGGGUUCGUGUACGCCAAGGCGAGCGCACGGAUGGAGGCGUUCUACGGGAGCUGGUACGAGGCGCGGAAGGGGUACCCGGGCGCGCACGAGCAGUACGUGUUCGACCAAGUGAAGCACGAGCUGUCGGCGCGGCAUGGCGUGCGGGUGCAGUUCGUGGACACGGCCUACCUCAGCGGCUUCUGCGACCUCCACAAGGACUUCUACAGGGUGUGCACGGUGCACGCCAACUGCCUCCUCGGGCUCAAGUCCAAGCUCCAGAGGCUCACCGAAGUGUUCGACGAGUGGAAGCAGUUCAGGGAGAAGGCCGCGCUGCUGGGCAGCAACACCACCGCGCUGACGGACUGA